AUGAUCGCCCCUCUCUCCAAGGGGUUCGCGCUUAUAGGCCCCUCGCAUCGUUCUUGCGCCGCGUUGUCAUCGCGUUUCUACUCCCAGUCAACACUGUCAUCUGUCUCCAGUAAUUCAACGCCCUACUUUAUCCCACGUAACACACUCGGUUCCCUGCCUGUCUAUUCAGAUAUCCGCAAUGGCGGCACACGCUAUCUUGUCCUCGUGAAAAAUGUUCGCGGAAACAUAAACUCACUGCGCGACGAUUUGGCUUCUUCCCUCUUCCAGCCCGGCUCAGAGCAAGCGGCCCGACUCAAAGCGGAAGUCAAACGAUCCGACACCCUUGUUGUAACCGGUGGGCGUUGGAAACAUGAUGUUAUGGACUGGCUCCGACGCAAGGGUUUCUAGGGCCCGUAAUCUGACACUCUCACCUUUAUCAUGCAUUCGGGUUUGAAUCCAUUACAGUAUGCGCAUCUGUUAUAAUUCGCUACGCCAGUUUUUUCAUCUCGGGCGGGCGAAAAGUGAUUGUUUAAUGCAUGCGAAACAAAUUUGUCCAUCAAUUUCGCACAGGCGAUCAAGGGAGAAACGCCGCGUAAUCGGACUGUUGUUGAUUGCAAAGACCAUUUUGCGCCGGACUUCACCUUAAUGUGUGUUGUCAACCACUUACCUUUUGUUAACCGGUAUUCCGCGACUAGUUUGCAUCGUACAGUUGAAGGCGGACAUUCUGAGACCUCCGGGCUCGGCGGCAUCUGAAUAUAGAAACGAGUUUAUGCGAAUUGCUGUCGCAGCAAUCGUGAAAUGUAGGAGCAAAGUAACGACGGGACGGGCUCAUCGGACCUCGGCAUCUCUGAUCUCUACAUUUCACCUUUCCAACGUACCUGGAUUCAACUUCACGCCAUCUUUAGCUUUCUCACCUGGAAUAAUCUCCGAAAAUUCACAAAGGAGAGACUCCGCU